AUUAACUUAUAAUAUAACUUUCAAAUUAAUCCACAAUGGAGGUUGAUCUUUCUCCUAAGUUUGCUAAGAAGACUAAUGGAGGCAAUGGUGGAUACUUCUCGACAUGGUCACCGUCUGAGCUUCCGAUGCUAGGCAAAGGAAACAUCGCCGCCGUCAAGCUCUCUCUUCUCAACAAUGGCUUUGUCCUACCUCAUUAUGCUGAUUCCUCUAAAGUCGGUUAUGUUCUUCAAGGCAGUGGUGUGGCCGGAAUUAUCUUACCGGAAUCAGAAGAAAAGGUAAUUGCAAUCAAGAAAGGCGAUGCACUCGCAUUACCGUUCGGUACAGUUAUAUGGUUUUACAACAAAGAAGACACAGAACUUGAAGUCAUUUUCCUCGGCGAUACCUCUAAAGCCCAUAAAUCCGGCGAAAUCACUGCUUUUAACCUCGCCGGCACUAACGCCAUAUUCACCGGCUUCUCCUCGGAGUUUCUCGCCCGAGCAUUUGACCUGGAUGAGGACUUUGUCACAGCCCUAAUCCAAAAUCAACCCGGCCAUGAAAUUAUCAAGCUUGAAGAAAAUUUCAAACUGCCUGAACCCAAUAAUGAACACAGACGAGGCAUCGCAUUGAGCUGCGACGAAGUUCCACUUUAUGUUGAUGUUAAAAACGGAGGCAGACUUGUUGUGUUAAACACCAAAAACUUUCCGAUACUCGGCGAAAUUGGACUUGGUGCCGAUUUAGUGACAUUGGAAGGUAAUGCAAUGUUCUCUCCAGGAUUUUCCUGCGACUCUGCUCUUCGAGUUACGUACAUUGUUCGAGGAAGCGGUCGUGUUCAGGUUGUCGGAGCUGACGGGCGUAAAGUCCUGGAAACUGAUUUGAAUGCAGGGUGUUUGUUCAUCGUUCCGAGGUUUUUUAUAGUUUCCAAGAUUGCUAAUCCUGAAGGAAUGGAAUGGCUCUCUGUUAUUACAACUCCUGAUCCUGUUUUCUCCCAUCUUGCUGGAAGGACUUCGGUUCUGAUGGCUCUGUCUCCACAGGUUCUGCAGGCAUCAUUUAAUGUUGAUUCUGAUGUCAUAAGACGUAUCCGUUUCGGGACUUCUGAUGCUAUUUUCUUCCCUUCCCGAAACUGAAGCGAUCCUGAGAAUUUGUUGCACGCCCUCUACUUCUACUAAUAUUGCACAGCCGAGUUCACCACAUAGAAUUAUAAAUUAUCUAUUGAUUAUGUAAUAAGUGGUGUAAAUUUACUAUUAAAUAAAGAAUAUCGAUUGAUGCAGUUAUUAAUUCGAGAUUUUAAAA